UCUGCCCUGCCCGCUUUGCUUAACCACGAAACGCGCUGUAGUCGGACGCCCCGAAUCCCCGACUCCCCGUCCUCUUCCUCGCAGAGGCCAAAACCCAACUCCCCGAUCUCCAAGCUACUUAGAUCUCUGGAACCCUCGCCGUCCCCAUGGCGAAGGAUUUCCCCGUGCCGCCGGUGGUCUUCAAUCCCUCCACCCCGACCCACCGCCGCCAUCCUAUUCCCGGGACCGGCGCUUCCCCACCCGCCUUCGCGCCGCCACGCCCCUCCACCUCCUCCGCCGCCAACCCCCUCCCCUUCAUGUCCUUCGACAUAGGCCCCGCUCCGUCGUCCUCCUCGCCGCCCCUCUUCACCGGACCCAUCGGCAUGGGCAACGGCGCCUCCUUCGAGGACGAGCCGCCGCUCCUUGAGGAGCUCGGCAUCAAUACGCGUCAGAUCUGGCGGAAGACGCUCUCGAUCCUGCACCCGCUCCGCUCCGCCGAUCCGUCUCUCCACGCCGACGCCGACCUAUCCGGCCCCUUCCUAUUCCUCCUCUCCUUCGGCCUCUUCCAGCUCCUGGCUGGGAAGUUCCACUUCGGGAUCGUCCUCGGGUGGGUCACCGUCGCGUCCCUCUUCCUCUACUUCGUCUUCUCCAUGCUCUCCGGUGGACGCCGCGGCGAUCUAGACCUCUACAGGUGCGUCAGCCUCGUCGGAUACUGCAUGCUCCCCAUGGUCAUAUUCUCCGCGGUCUCCCUCUUCCUGCCGCGGGGCGGUGGGCUCAUCUUUGGUGUCGGCAUGGCGUUCGUUCUGUGGUCGACCAGGGUCUGCACCAGGCUGCUUGCAGAGCUUGCAUCCAGCGGCGAUGAGCACAGGGGGCUCAUUGCCUACGCAUGCUGGCUGGUGUACAUGCUCUUCUCGCUGCUUGUGAUCUUCUGAUGCCGUUUUAUAGUAUGGAAGAUCAUGUUCCAGAAUUCUUUUGCCCUGUGGAGUGUAGAACUGCCUUUUAUCAGCCACUGAGUGGUUUUGGUGUGAUGUUGCAGAACUAUUGAUGAUCUAGUCAGUUAAAUGUGCUGUAACAAUCUGUUCCUUUUCAUCCUUUAGUUCAUGUGGUAUGGUAGGGGCCUGGUACAGAUCUUGGUAAAGAAAUGAAAGGCAAGAUCAGGACAGUGAAAAUAUUAAGUAAUUAGAUUCUGCUGAAGCGUUGAUGGGAUCUAGCAAUUUUCAAAAGAUUACACUUGUGAUCUGUGUGAACUUGUUCAACGUGCUUACUUACCACGACGAUCACGGUCGUAUUAGGGCCAUGGUGCCUUCUUUCGUUUC